AUGGCGGCUCCAGCGGGUGAUGGAGGGGUUCAGAGGUUGACGGAAAGGUGGGCUGACAUGGUUUUAGACGAUGAAACCGAGGGUUUCGAACCUGUUCUGGAUAAUGGCGAUGCCCAGUCAGAAGGUGCGAAAACCUGGGUAGUUGUAGGUCGUUUCUUGACGUCAAAACUGGUUAAAGUUGAGUUCAUGAGACAAGUGAUGGCGUCGGUCUGGCGUCCGGUCAUGGGGGUACAGAUUUCAGAGGUGCAGCCAAAUUUGUUUAUGUUUGUGUUUUAUCACGAAUCUGAUAUGCGCUACGUGCUUGAUGAAGGGCCAUGGUCGUUCGAGAACAACACGUUGGUUUGUAGACAGCUUGUUGAUGGUGUACUCUCGGGUGAUGUGCUCCUCGAUUCGGUUGACAUGUGGGUUCAGGUACAUGACCUUCCUCUCGGGUAUACGUCUGAUCUUGUGCUGGAACAGGUUGGCAAUUUUCUGGGUACGUUUGUGCGGUGCGAUGACAGGUUUGUCGGAGCUCCGUGGAGGAUGUUCUAUCGCAUAAGGGUUGUAAUACCUGUUGGUCGCCCUAUUCAGCGUCGGAUGAACCUGGUGAAAAGGGAUAAAACUGCUAGCUGGGUGACCUUCCGGUAUGAACGAUUGCAUACAUACUGUUUCUUUUGCGGCAUGUUAGGACACUCCUACAAAUUUUGCCUGAAAGCAAGAGAGUCCAAUAUGCCUGUUGAGUUCUACCCGUAUGGUGCAGAGUUACGUGCUGGAGGAUUUCGUGGACCGAGAGCUGUAGGGGAGCCAUGGCUGAUUCCACUCACGGGACCUCCUAAAUCGGCUGAUGAGACUAUUGGAAACAUGAGGCAGUCGGUUGAUAAUUCCUCGGCUUUGGUCGCGGAACAGCAGGCAGCUGUCAGUGUGGUUGCAGUAACUAAAAGGCUUAGGGAGGGUUCGGGUGGCGGAGUUCGAAGGAAUGGCGGUGUGCCUGGUGAUGUUGUCAUGUCAGAUGUUCCAAAAAACUUGUCCUCGGCGGGUUCUGGUUCCCAGACCCGCCCAUCCUCAUGA